AUGUCUGUUGAAACGAGUGUUUCUGUGAAUAAUUUAAAUAUUAAAAUCGAACCACUAGAUAUAGUUAAAAUAGAAAAUGAGGAUAAAUUUGAUGAUAAUAUCAAAUCUGAAUCCUGUUCUCAAGACGACAAAACUUGUUUAGAAAAUUUCAUGAAUUCUGAAGUAACUAUUGAUGAAGAAGUCAAACAGGAAUUAAAUGUUGAAGGCUCGUUAUGCAAUCAAUCACUUAAUACAAAGUAUCUAUUAAUUCUGCGCUUGUGUGAUACCUCAAAAAAACCUUCAAGCUUGAAUGAACCUGAUAAUGAAACAAAGCGUUCUCACAAAUGUGAAAUAUGUAAUAAGGUAUUUGGAUCAUCAAGUAAUUUGAAAACUCAUUUGCUUGUUCAUACAGUAAAACGUCCGUACCAAUGUGAAAUAUGUAAUAAUAGAUUCAAAACAUCAACUAAUUUGAAACUUCAUAUGCGAACACAUACCGAAGAAGGGCCUUAUAAAUGUGAAACAUGUGAUAAAACAUUCACACAUAUAGGUACUUUGAGAACACACAUGAUUGUUCAUUCCACAGACCGUCCAUUUAAAUGUGAAAUAUGUAAUAAGGGAUUUAACUACUUACAUAAUCUACAAAAGCACAAGGUAUUGCAUACCGGAGAGCGUUCAUAUAAAUGUGAAAUAUGUAGUAGAGCAUUUUACACGACAAAUGAUUUAAAAAGACACAUGCGUAAUCAUUCCACAGUGCGUCCAUAUAAGUGUGAAAUAUGUUAUAAGAAAUUCAAUUCAACAACUAAUUUAAAACUUCAUAUUCUAAGUCAUACUGAAGAAUAUUCUCAUGAAUGCGAAAUAUGCAACAAAAAAUUUGCACACUCAUGUCGUCUGAAAAAACACAUGUACAUUCAUACAGGAGAUUUUCCAUUUAAAUGUGAAAUAUGCAAGAAGGGGUUUGCAGGAGCAAGUAAUCUAAGAAAGCACAUGUUUAUUCAUUCCGGAGAGCGUCUGUUUAAAUGUGAAAUAUGUAAUAAAGCAUCCCAAACAUCAGCUAGUUUGAAGAAUCAUAUGAAAACACAUAUUGGGGAACGUCCAUACAAAUGUGGAAUAUGUAGUAUGACAUUCACAGAACGACAUAAUUUAAAAAGACAUAUGCUUAUUCAUUCCGGAGAGCGACCAUUUAAAUGUCAAUUCUGUAAAAAAUCAUUCAGGCAAUCAAGUGCUCUGAAAAAACACAAGGAGGCAUUUCAUAGCUGA